AAAACGUUGCGUGGAGAUUAUGUUAGGUCAAUAAAAACAAAGUUUUGUUUGUGUUGCAUGUGAUAAAUGUCUAAAAAGAUUAAUUAAACAAAAUACGCGAUGAAUAUUACAAGAAUAUCUAUUGAAGAGUUGAAGCAACAUUGCAUUGACUUAGAACACUCAAUGUCGAGUAAAAUAAACGCCAUUGAAACAGAGAGAUUAACACUGAAGCAUCGCACUGAAAAUGUGAUCAAUGAUGCACUUAAAGGCUUAGAUGAUUUAUUUGAGACUGAUGAAAGUGAUAUUUAUCACAAUAAUGUUAGUAACAGUAAGAUUUGUGCUAAAAGAACUGAGAAAUGCCAAAAACCACCGAAAGACUUGCAAAUUAUUAUUGAAGAACCAAAAAUUAAUGAUAAUUCAACCAUAACAAAGAAAUAUUUUGAUAUUUGGAGAGAUAAAACAAAUAAAAAGAAACAACAACAGCCGAAAAGUCUCCAAAGUGUGAAUGAACUCAAAGAAGAACAAAUUGAUAAAUUUAUCCAAGGAUUAAAAGCCAAACGCAAAGCCAAGUCAAAUAAAGACACACAAAAUGCAAGAAUUAAGUCUAGUGGAUCAGUUCGCAGUUCUUCAAGUGAAUGUUCUUCAAAACAUUCAAACACCAACAGGAAUAAAACACCAAAGUCAGAAAUAUAUCAAAACCGAUAUAAAGCACAGCGUGAUAUAAUCCUUAUGCAAAAAUCCAAACUUAUUGAACAGGAACAAAAGAUCCAUGAGUUACAAUUUGGUAAAAUAUGCGAUGCACUUAAAGAAUCAUACAAUGAAACCCAAGAUACAAUUAAACAUCUGUUAAAGAAGUUUUCCACACGAACAAAAGUCGUAACAGGAGUGAAAAUCAUCGAGGAACCCGAAGAAGUACAAAUAAAAAUCAACAAAGUUCCAAAACUGGUGAGACUUAUGGAACAACGAGCACAAGAACGCGAACUCAAACGACAAAUGAUUCAAGAACGAAAACGAUUGAUUGAUGAAGAAAAGAAGCGAUUAUUAGCAGAACAACUUGAAAACAAACGCAUACAAGAUGAAGAAGAGAAGAAACAAGCAUUAGAUGCUAUUAAAGACAGACGACGUAGAGAACUUGAAGAAGAAAAGCGUAGACAAGCAGAGAAAGAGAAGUUUAUACGAAAAUGUAAAAUGGCAGAUAAAUUCUAUUCAAAAAUAUUGAAACGACGUGCGAUUAUGAGUUUUAAACUUGCUGUGCAACAACAGCAAUAUAACGAGAAUAUCAGCGUAGCAUUCUACGAAACUGUUAUAAUAAGAAGAUAUAUGCACAAGUGGAGAAUAAAUGCAAGAAAUAUUCAAGAAAUGAAGAUUCAAAAGGCAGAGGAACACUACCAGACAAAGUUGAAGAGGAAUGUUGUCAAAAGAAUGCUUGCGGUUCGAUUCAAAGCUAAGCAAAACAUGCAAGUAGCAGUUGAUUAUCACGCGUAUCAAGUGGAGUGUAAAGUGUUUAAAGCUUAUUACCUCUGUGUGAAUGCUAUUAAAAUCAGGAGAUAUCAUCUCACAACUGUGGCUAUAAAACAUUACAAAACACGUCUUUUGGUGCAAGCAUUCUAUCAGUGGAAGAGUCUGCCAGCUAUUUUACAACUAGAGAGAACAAAAGAAGAAAAGAAGCGCAUGUGGCGUGAAAUAGUUCUGCAAAUUGUGCCAGACUACAAGCCACCAGAGUUAGCUUCCAGCCGGAGCUCAACUGAGAGCAGUUCCGGAUCCUCUUCAGAUAGCUCCUCAUCAAGCUCAUCAUCAAGUGGCUCAGAUUCAUCCUCCAGCAGUGAUUCAGACUCCUCUACAUCACAAGGCUCAGCAAAACAAUCUAACCCUGAUCAGCAAUCAUCAAAAAAGUCUGCUCCAAUAAAAAAUGUACCUAGGAAGAGUGCUGACACUAAAACACCACCCAACAAGUCAAAAUCAAAACCACCACCAGCAAAUAAGCCACAGAAAUCACCACCAAAAGCAUCCACUUUAUAUUCUUCAGAAGAUGACAGCCCUAAAUCGAAUAAUAAAGCAAAAAAGAAGCCUCUGGCUAAAGCAAUUAAAGCAUCCACAUCAUCAAAUGUUAAAAAUCCUCCUAAAGUAACAGGUGGUAAAGUUCCUCCAAAAUCUAACCCAGCUGCAAAAGCACAACAAGCUAAAUUAAAAGAAAACGCCAAGACAAAAGUCCUGCAGAAAAAUGCCACCAAAAUAGAUCCAAACAAAAAAAAGAGCAUUUUCUCACCGGAAAACAGCUCGGAAUCUGACAGCAAUGAGAAACCAGUGGCAAAGACUCAAGCACUGAAAGCUACUGCAGUGAAACCACGAGCUAAAGCAUCUGCCAAGCCUAUAGAGCCUAAAAAGACACUCAACAAGAAGGAAAAUAAACCGAAAUCGAAAGAAAUGCUAAGCACAGCAAGCUCAUCUCAAAGUAGCAGUGAAAGCAGUAGUAGUUCCGAAUCGGAGAGCAGCGAUUCCGGCUCAGACUCGAAUAAAAAGACUACACCCAAGAAACAAGUGCGUAAAUCAUCAACGGCAGUCAAAGAAGACCAAAAUUCUGAUUCGGAUGAAGGUUCGAAAGAUGUCAAACAAACACCGAGGAAAUCAACGCGGACAUCAAACACUCGAAAGUCGAAACAUGUCGUCGGGAAAAACGUGUUUACUGAUACAGAUUCAGACACAGAAAGCACAAAACGCUCCCUCAGUAGAUCACCCGUGAAAAAAGCACCGAUUGCUACAAAAGGUAAAGCUAAGAAUAAGAAAACCGAAGCGAGUAAACGCGUUGAAGUUGUAAUCGCCGAAGAUCGUAAAUGUCCGCUUGAAGAAUGUAACAGCAGCGGCCAUCUUGGCGGGCGUUUAGAUAAACAUUUCACAAUCGACGCAUGUCCGUUGUAUCACAACAUGGCGGCGAGUAAAUGCGCAGACAACUGUCAAGAAAGAAAAAAACGCGAAGAAGCACGUAAAAAACUAAUCGAAGGAUCGAAAAAGUCUCCUCGAGGGGCAUUACCAACGCCAGAGCAGAAAGUCUACGCACAAAAGAUUAAAGAUUCACGGAAUAACUUUAAAAGCGAGAGUGCUGACGAAGGCAAAGUUAUAACCGAAAGAACACUCGAACCGAAUUUAGAUUAUUUCGUUCCCGAGUGUGAUUUGAAGUUAUUCAGGGACGCGCAGGCAAUAUCAAGCGAAAAAAUCGAAGAGGAGUUGAAAACUUUACCCAAUACGAAAGGUACAAAAUACAUCGAAAUGGGUAAAUUCGAGAUGGAAGUGUGGUAUCAAAGUCCAUACCCUGAAGAAUACGCACGUUUACCCAAACUGUACAUCUGUGAAUACUGUCUGCGUUACAUGCGUGGUCGAAUUGUCCUUCAACGCCACGCAGCGAAAUGCGUCUGGCGUCAUCCACCCGGCGAAGAAGUCUAUCGCAAAGAUAAAAUCAGCGUUUGGGAGGUGGAUGGUAAACGAUACAAACAAUUCUGUCAGAAUCUCUGUCUCCUCGCUAAGUUUUUCCUGGAUCACAAGACGUUGUACUUUGAUGUUGAGCCGUUCUUAUUCUAUGUGAUGACAAUGUCCGACCAGGAGGGCUGCCAUACCGUUGGGUAUUUUAGCAAGGAAAAAAAUUCUUUCUUGAAUUACAACGUUUCUUGUAUUCUCACACUGCCACCCUAUCAGCGACAAGGUUACGGUCGUCUACUCAUCGAUUUCAGUUAUCUGCUGACGCGUGUUGAAGGCAAAAUAGGUUCGCCGGAGAAACCUCUGAGUGACCUAGGUCUCAUAUCCUACAGGUCAUACUGGAAGGAUGUACUGCUUUCGUACCUAUGCGCGCGUGCUGGCACUCAGCUGAGCAUCAAGGACAUGAGCCAAGAAAUGGCCAUUCAUUCCACGGAUAUCGUGUCCACGUUGCAAGCCCUCGGUAUGAUGAAGUACUGGAAGGGUAAACAUAUUAUACUCAAGAAACAGGACGUAUUAGAUGAAUACGCCGAACGCGUCAAACGACGCGGGUCACUUUUAAAAGAGGUGGAUAAGUCUUGCCUACGAUGGACACCAUUUGUCCCACCACAACCCCCACCAACUUAACUUAACUUAAGCAUCAUCAGAAUCAGAAUAUGAAUCUCUAUGGCCAAUAUAUUAAUAGUACAACUAUUAUUGGUAAGUAGAUUUUAAAUAUUAAAUUUUAAAAUUGAAGAAAUGACAAUCGUAUUUCCAAUGUUUAAAUUAAUAUUAAACGUAUUAUUAUUACGCAUAAGUAAAUUGUAUAUAAUUAAAUUAAAUUAUAUGUAAAGAA